AUGGGCGCCCUUGAACCUACCACCAAACAGCCAAAGGGCUUCAAAGCCUUCUGUAGAAGGAUAUAUACCACGCUUGGCUUCCAGAAAGGAUACAACUUUGUGCUGUGGUUUACUCUCGCAGGGGCACUGUUUGGCUUCUCCAUUGCCCGCCUCGCCUAUCUGAACUUCAAUCAAAACCUCUGUCCCGCAACUUCUGCACCCGGCAACAGCGCUGCCCCUGGAGAAUGCUACUACUACAAAACAUUCACCCAGUACAAGGUUGGAAUCAUGCUCCACCUCGCUGGAGUCCUCCCCGCCGGAAUUAUCGCCUUCUUCCAAUUCAUCCCCAUCAUCCGCCAUAAAGCUAUCCUCGUCCACCGAAUCAUGGGAUACAUCGCUCUUCUACUAUUCGUUGCAGGCACUAUCGGCGCAUUCAUGAUCGCUAGACACUCCUUCGGUGGCGGCCUCGACACCCAAGCCUUCAUCGGCGUCGUCGCAAUCGCCACACUAGGCUCCUUCGCCAUGGCCAUCAUCAAUAUCAAACGUCUUCAAAUCGAGCAGCACCGCGCCUGGAUGCUUCGAGGCUGGGUCUACGCCGGCGGAAUCAUAACAUCUCGCAUCAUAAUGAUCAUAACCGCCUCAAUCAUCUCCUCCACCCACGCCUACCACGCCGUCUGGCCCUGCGCCAAAAUCGCACACACCCUCCCCGCCAGCACCGCCCUCCUGACCGCCUACCCCGCCUGCGCCUCUUACCUCGACGGCUCGAAUCCAAACCAGGUCGCAAUCGUCGCCGCGGACAUGACCGCCGGGUCUCCUGUCACGGCGGGCGCGGCGCUCAACAUCGGGUUCGGAAUGGCGCUUUGGGUCGCUGGUGCUAUUCAUGCGGUCGGCGUUGAGAUUUAUCUCCAUCUCACUCCCAAGGAAUCACAGCGCCUCCGCCAGGUCAGCUACCAACGACAACUCGAAGCUGGGAUGAGGAAGCCUGGGUCUGCGGGCUUGACGGCGGACCGCGUGGGCGAUGCGCCGCCGUUUGUGCCGGAGGUUGAGGACGGGGAUAAGCUGACGAAGGAUGUUAGCAAGAUGAUUAUGCUGUUAUUUGGUAUCAUUGGGAGUUGGUUUGAUGGCUAUGCAUAAUUGGGCGUCCUUUUAGUGUUUGGGAUGGCAGUUGCCCGGAAAACAUAUACCAAUUUUAUACGACAUACCUCAUUUGAGAGCUCAUGAAAUGAGAUGAAACAUUUGGUAACAUCGUCGGAGCUAUUUGGAAUCUGUAGACCGGCUGCUUGUGUUCGAAUUGAUGGCGGUACAAUGAGGCCAAUGUCCUUGUUGGGCAGUGCGGGUAGAUACCUAGGUAGGUAUAUACGCACUCGAAUUUGCAUGGUGUUGAUGAGUGAACCAUCUAGGGGGAACUUGAAAUCCGGGGUAAAAUGCGGGGUUACGCUAAGCAGGUAGUAAUGAAUGCGGAGGAUUUGCUCACCAGUCGUUUGUUUAGUAUAUUUUUAG